AAUGUCAAAACUCAAAACCCCUGUUUCUCUUCUCAUAUCUCGUUCUUGGCUUAAACCCCGUCGUCUCUUCUCGUCUCGUCUCCUAAAGCCCUUCUGCAGACAGAUCGGAGAUUCCCCCACAAUAUGCAAUUUGCAGCCGUAGUCUCAAGAUCAAAGAUUCCGACUCCCGCGUCGACAUCCCUUUUAGCCAAGCUUGUAUUUUCUUUGCAAUCCCUUCGCAGCAGUAACGGCCCUGUUCUAGUUUCUCCAUCUCCAUCACCAUCACCACCUUCCGGAAACUGUGUGUUUCCGCGGGCAUUGGGCUUUGAUCGGGCCUACCACGACGGUAGACCUAGAGGGCCUUUGUGGAGGGGAAAGAAACUCAUUGGAAAAGAGGCGCUCUUUGUCAUCCUAGGGCUCAAACGAUUCAAAGACGAUGACGAGAAGCUUCAGAAAUUCAUCAAAACUCACGUCCUCAGACUUCUCAAGAUGGAUAUGGUCGCCGUUCUGACUGAACUCGAGCGCCAAGAGGAGGUUUCUCUCGCUGUUAAGAUGUUUAAAGUGAUUCAGAAACAAGAUUGGUACAAACCUGAUGUCUACCUAUACAAGGAUUUAAUUGUUGCGUUGGCAAAGCGCAAGAAGAUGGAUGAAGUGAUGAAAUUGUGGGAGGAUAUGAGGAAGGAAGAUUUAUACCCUGAUUCUCAGACGUACACAGAAGUUAUUCGAGGCUUCUUACAGGCGGGUUCUCCUGCUGAUGCCAUGAACAUUUAUGAGGACAUGAAGAAGUCUCCAGAUCUCCCGGAGCAACUGCCGUUUAGAAUAUUGUUAAAAGGACUUUUGCCACACCCCUUGUUGAGGAAUAAGGUUAAACAAGAUUUUGAAGAAAUUUUCCCUGAACAACGUGUUUAUGAUCCUCCGGAGGAGAUAUUUGGAUUGCGAUGAGGUUUGUAAUUUAGUCGAUUAAUCUUUUCUGCUGUUUAGUUUAGAAACUGCAUUUGGGCGAAAAUGUGACUUAUGAAUAUUAUUUAUGUUUUUGUUUCUUCAUUAGAAGGCCUUGCAUUCCCGA